AUGUGGCAUAAGAAAAAAGAUAAAUCAACUAUUAAAUUACCAUUAAUUACUCGUUUACCAUCACCGCGUAUUGAAGAACUUGAAAAUGAAUUUAUGAAUGUAUUGAAAAACAUGUAUAACAAUUCAGAAACAUCAAAUUAUGAAAAAAGAAAAUAUACCACUGUAGUGGAUCUUUUUAAUUUAAAUAAUACUUUAAAAGAAACGAUUGAAGAAUGUAAUCAAUAUCAAACAAUGUUUCAUGCUAGUAAACGAUUAUUACUAACUCGAUCAGUAGAUGAUUUUGCUAAUAUAUCAAUAAAACCUUAUCUCUAUUCAUCAUUAAGUUCUCAAUUCAUUUAUCAAUCAUGUUUAAAAAAUAAAGUAAGACGAUCAAAUUACUCAGAUAAAUCAUUAACGAAUAUUUCAAAAUGUCAAAUUAGAGAAAUAACCGAUUCUUCAAUAAAAUUGCUUUUAGAAUUAACUAAUACAUCAAAAACAUAUAAUAAAUCUGAAUUAUGUUUAAAAAAAGAAAAUUCUCCUAUGAAUCAUAAAUUAUCAUUACAUUGGGAUGAAAGUUCUUUAAAAUUAACCUCAAAACAUGAUCAACAACAAGAAUCAGCAGCUAUUAUCGAAAUUGAACAUCAAUCAUAUAGUUCAAUAUCAUCAUCAUCGAUUGAUUUUAGUAAACCUCUUGAAAAAUCAUAUUCAUCUCCAUUACCUAUGAAUACAAAUCAUUUAUCUAGUAAUAACAAAAAUAUUCAAAGUGCACAUCUAAUCGAUCAAUAUCAAUAUGAAAAUAAGAAUCGAAUAUCUUUAUAUUCAUGUAUUAGUGAAAUGGAAAAUGAUGAAUCAACGAAAACAAUCAGUUCUGAUGACGAAAAUGUUAAGCAUAAUCUUUUUCAAUAUCAAGAUACUAUCAAUAAGAAAAAUAUUCGACAUAGAUGGAGUUUAUUUGAUAUCUGGGAGACAACGAUAGCUAAGUUACCACCUAUUUUAAAUUGUAUUUGGCGACAACGAUUAUAUCGUACGGGAUCAAGAGAAUUUCUACUUGAAUAUGAUCAAACACUACCGACAAACAAUAAUAAUCAUCGAACCAAUAUAAUGCAUGAACAACGUUAUGUUGAACAAGAACGUCCAAUCAAUACACAUUUUGGUGUUGCUCUGCUUGCCUUAUUGAUAUUUCCACCUGUUGGUAUAUUAGCUAUUAUUCUAAGUAUAUGGUCAUUAUGCGGUAAACAAGAUCGACAUUUAUCUCGAAAAUUUGGCAAUGCUGCUUAUUGGAUUUCUAUAUUAGCUAUUUGUUUUUCGUUUCUGUUGCUUUUUACUCUAUUCACAUAUUUUACCUAUCAAUACUUAAUUAAUCGACCGAUCAUAAUCAAUCACUAUUACACUACUCCUUGGACACGUCAUUCAUUAACAAAAGAUAUUGACUAUGUUUGA